GGAGCUUGGAGGAUGCCCGCCGGGUGUUUGAGGCCAUGCAGCCGCGAGACGUGGUGUCCUGGACGACGAUCAUUCGCGGCUACGCGGACGCCGGGCAGGGAGAGGUCGCCUUGGACCUCUUCUCUCGAAUGGAGGGCGAGGAACGUCAUGGCUGUGUGGCCGACGGCCUCACUUACGCGGCGGUUCUCAAGGCCUGCGGUGGCAUGGCGGCACUGGAAACUGGAAGAGCGAUCCACGAGAAGAUCCGUCGCGAAGGAUUCGAGAGCGAUGGAAUGGUGGCGAACUCGCUGGUGGACUUCUAUGGCAAAUCCGGCAGCAUGGACGAAGAUCCCGAGCAAGAGCUUAGUGAGCUGGAGCGCUCUCAUCGCGGGCUACAGCUUCCAGGGACAAGCGCAGGCUGCGUUUGAGACGUUGGAGGGAAUGCUGGAGCAGCGAGUCCGGCCGAGCGAUGUUACGUACCUCUCGCUGCUUGCUGCGUGUAGCCAUGCCGGAUUGGUCGAUCGAGGCGAGGAGUUCUUCGAGGAGAUGUGUGCCAAGCACGAGAUAGUUCCUGGGAUCCAGCACUACACUUGCAUGGUCGACUUGCUCCGAGCAAACCGGCUGAGCGAGGCUGUGGCGAUGGAGGAAUCCAUGCCUUGUGGAGCCGAUGCUGUGAUCUGGAUGGCGCUACACAAGUGGAAGAACGUUGGAGUUGCGAGGCUUGCGUUUGAGGCCGUCAUGAAGCUGGCCAGUGGAAACAUGGGUGUAUUGUCCUCGGCUUGUGUGCUUAUGUCUAACGUCUAUGCUGGCGUUGGAAUGUGGGAAGAGUAUGAAAAGCUCCAGAACAGAACGCUUCGAGGUUGAUUUUCAACUGAUGUAUAAAAGUUCUAGUCACUCCAAUACGCGUUGUAAAUUAUUGAAUUGAUCUAUUGCUACUUAUUUCGGU